AUGUUAAAAAUACCAAAACUUUUGCAUCCUCGCACCAGAAAGUUUCAAUCUUUGAUAAAAAAUCCUCACCUCUCAGCUGGGUAUGUUAAGGGUAGUGAUGACAGUGGUUCCGAGGAGAACGAGUGGGAGAGGUUGCUUAAGCCAUUUGACCUCAAUGAGCUCCGGAAAUCCCUCAUUCAAAUCACCCCAAUUCAGCUUUCUAAGUUACUUGAACUCCCACUGGAUGUGCCCACCUCAUUGGAAGUAUUCGAAAUGGUGGGUGCCCAGAGGGGGUAUAGACAUUCAUUUGAUGUGUAUUGUGUGUUGAUUGAUAAGCUCGGCGCGGCGGGGGAGUUUAAGGCCAUAGAUAGGUUGUUGAUGCAGAUUAAAGCUGAAGGGAUGGUUUUUAGGGAGUCCCUUUUCAUUAUGAUUAUGAAACAUUACGGCAGAGCAGGCUUGCCGGGUCAAGCCACUCGGCUGCUUCUCGAUAUGAGAGGGUUUUAUUCUUUUGAGCCUACUUUUAAGUCUUAUAAUGCUGUUUUGGAUGUGCUGGUGGCUGGGAAUUGCCCCAAGGUGGCACCUAAUGUGUUUUAUGACAUGUUGAGUAGGGGUGUCUCUCCCAAUGUCUAUACAUUUGGGUUGGUUCUGAAGGCGUUUUGUAUGGUUAAUGAAGUGGAUUCUGCAUGCUCGCUUCUUAGAGACAUGACGAAGCACGGGUGUGUGCCCAAUUCUGUGGUUUACCAGACUCUUAUACAUGCCCUCUGCAGAAAUGAGCGGGUGAAUGAAGCAUUGAGGCUUUUGGAGGAAAUGUUCUUGAUGGGUUGCACUCCUGAUGUUCAGACUUUUAAUGAUGUUAUCCAUGGUCUCUGCAAGGCCAAGCGAAUGCCAGAGGCUGCAAAGUUGGUUGAUCGGAUGCUUUUGCGGGGUUUUUCUCCUGAUGAGAUAACUUAUGGAGUUUUAAUGAACGGAUUAUGUAGAGCAGGGCAAGUUGAUGAAGCAAGGGCAUUGCUAGACAAAGUGCCUAGCCCGAAUGCUGUGCUUUUUAAUACCUUGAUCAAUGGUUAUGUUACCAGUGGACGCUUUGAUGAAGCCAAAGCUGUCUAUCGUGAUAGCAUGCUAGGUAACGGCUGUGACCUUGAUGUUUAUACAUUCAAUAUUCUGAUUCGUGGACUUUGCAAGAAGGGCAGUUUGGCUUCUGCUCGUGAAUUGGUCAGUGAGAUGGAAACUAAAGGCUGCAAGCCCAAUGUGAUAACCUACACAAUAUUGGUUGAUGGGUUAUGCAAGGAAGGUCAACUUCAGGAAGCUAGUGAUGUUUUAAAUGAGAUGUCAUACAAGGGACUCGGUCUGAACAUCGUGGGAUACAAUUCUCUAAUAUCUGCUCUUUGCAAGGACGGGAAAGUUCAUGAAGCUUUGAAGUUAUUUCGUGAAAUAUCAAGCAAAGGAUGUAAGGCAGACAUAUAUACCUUUAAUUCUUUGAUAUUUGGAUUGUGCAAGGUUGAUAGGAUGGAAGAGGCAUUGGGAUUGUACCAUGAUAUGUUAUUGGAGGGUGUGAUUGCCAACACUGUAACUUAUAACACAUUAAUUCAUGGUUAUCUCACUGGAGGUGCUAUCAAAGAAGCACUGAAGCUUGUAAAUGAAAUGUUAUCCAGAGGAUGCCCUCUUGACAAAAUAACCUAUAAUGGGUUAGUAAAGGCACUCUGCAGAGCUGGGCUAGUUGAAAAAGCACGGGGAUUGUUUGAAGAAAUGAUGAGGACAGGACUUCAUCCAGAUAGUAUCUCAUGCAAUAUUUUGAUUAAUGGCCUCUGCAGAAGUGGCAAAGUAAAUGAAGCCCUUGAGUUUCUAAGGGAUAUGAUUCAUCGCGGUUUAAUGCCCGACAUAGUCACUUAUAAUAGCCUGAUAAAUGGUCUAUGCAAGAUGGGACACAUUUGGGAAGCUUUGAAUCUCUUUGACAGAUUACAAGCUGAAGGGGUAUAUCCUGAUGCUAUUACUUAUAACACUUUGAUCAGUUGGCAUUGCAAAGAGGGCAGGAUUAGUGAUGCUUGUUUGCUUCUACAUAGAGGUGUGACUAAUGGAUUCAUACCAAAUCAUGUGACGUGGUAUAUAUUGGUCAGCAACCUGUCCAAAGAAAGAGGUUACAGGCAUCAGGGAUUUAUCUAAGCGGAGUAUAUUUUUCCCCUCAAAACACCAAGCAUUUUCAUGGUAUUUCUGAAAUCAUUUAUGCUGAUGGUGAUUGGAAGUGGAGAUG